AUGUGUUGUGAGCAUGCAUACCUAUCCAAGGUUUCUCCAAUAGAAUAUUUAAUAGUGACUGUGAAGAGCCCAAGACCCAGCCCCCAAGACCCGAGGCAGACAAAGAGGGGAGCCAGAGCCCAAYACCSCAAGAMCGACCCCGAGCACAGAGCCCCCAGGGCCACCCACGCAGGACGAACCACACACCCACCCCCCAGAUUGGACCACAGGCGGGAACCAGAAGAGCUCCAUGGGCAGCCACAUUCAGAAACCCCCGGGGGCAGCAGCGACAAACCCAUAGGCCCCCGCCGGAGCCCGCCGCCCCAAGGAAGAUCCAGGCAAGGGCACAGAGGACUGGGCCCCAAGGAACCCCCAGGCCACGGCCCAACGGGACCAGAGGACACGAUGCCCAGGCGCCCAGCCCCAGACAGAGAGGGCCCCAAGCACGCCGGCAGGGAGGGGCUCAUCCCACCAGGGAGCAGUGCAGCAGGGGCGCAAAGCACAAAAACCCAGUCUGACAAGUACCCAGGGGCAGACCAUAUCCAAACCCGGAAGGUAGAUCCAUUCUAUCUGGGGUGGAGAGUAGCCGACAGCCAAGAUCCGACCCAGGGCCUGCCCAGCCGGCAGGCCAGCCCCCACUGCCACGGGGAGUCCAUACCCCGACCACCCCCACACCCCACUGACAACCAGGCACCCGCCCCCGGCCGACCGCCCACAGAACCCCGACAGCCACCCCCGGACAGCAUGCCGACCGCAGCAAUCAGGAGCCAUGGUCAGGGGGUCCAAACGGCCCCAGGGAGCGCGGAGCGGCAGAACCUCCCCAGCAACACCCCGGCCCCCAAACCCCCCAGCAGCCCGGGGCCCCACCCGACAGCCUGCCGCCCAUCUGGACCCCGCCCCCGAAACAGCAAUCAGAGGAAAGAAGAAUGA